AUGACAAUGCCGGACUCCUCCAAGGACGCCUCCAAACCCUCUUCGCCCUCCCCAGAUGGUUCCAAGGAAGAAUCCCCGGACUUGAAGCAAGCAGGCGGGCUACUGGACCCAAUGCCUCCGCGGAAACGGUCCAAAGUUUCCAGGGCAUGCGAUGAAUGCAGGCGAAAGAAGAUACGUUGCGAUGCCAUGGUCAGUGCACAGAGCUGUUCCAACUGUAAAAAGACCAACGACAAAUGCACAUUCACGCGGGUGCCGCUCAAACGUGGCCCUUCGAGAAGCCAGAAACACUCUGAAGAUUUUGAAGUUCGCCGACAGAGUUUUCCACAGAUAAUGCCGUUACAACAGCAGCAACAACUUCAACAUCAAGUACAACAACGCCCUCAACCCUCUCAAACUAAUCAAAGUUCUCAGCAGAUUCUACUUCCACCGUUGAGCUCGUUGUCGCACACCGGCUCGAUACUGCCUCCGCCACCUCAUCCAAUCAACCCCUUGGAUGGACGUGUGACAAACCUCUUAAACGCUGCCAAGCCAAGAUCUAACUCGCUCACCUCGAAUGGUUACAACUCUCAAGCCUUGUUUUGGAAGGUUCCGUACGAGUUACCUACUUUUGAGAGGCGGAACUCAACAGAUUCGAUGUCUUCUUCCAUCAGUGUUCCGUUUUCGCCGCAGGUGUUAAACCAGAAACCCGCUAGUGGCAGCUCUAACGGAAACUCUCCAAUGUACAGGCCGAUUUCGGGAUACGAUUCCGUGGGAAUCAGUGAUUCCGAGGAUGAGUUUCUGAAUAGCCAGCGUCCCAGUUUUAUCAGUGUUCCGCACACCAAGGAUGGAACUGUGAGCCCCGCACUGAGUGUGACUAGUUUAUCAAGUUUGAAUCAAAAUAUCAACAAGGGGCUUCAGAUAUCACCUAUUACCAACCAAAAUCGGACCUUGAAUCUCUUGAAGGCUAUUGAGUACAAUCUUGAUAUUUACUACAGCAAGUACAACAAGAAGUUUCCGAUUUUGCCUGUUCAAAGAAGUUUCAUCAGCUCUGUGCUGCCGACUUUGAUCAACACCGAUGAAAAUAUCCCAAUAGUGGAAUUGUUCAACACGAGUCUGAGAAUGCUGAUAACAUGUGAUUCACCCAGCUUCAACUUCAUGGAGGUGAUUGGUAUCUUUCAAAGAGCCGACCACCUGUAUGCGCUCAAGAAUUACAUCGGCAACCACGAAUCGCUAAAACUCAUCUUUGGAGAAUCGUUGAUCAUUCUCAACUAUUGUAUUAUCCUUUCCGGGCACGAUUACUCCAUGGGGCUCGCGAUUACCUUUGCUAUACUGAACGACUGGAAGUUUUACAACAGACUGAAGGCCCUGUCGACAUCACCAGAGACACCCAGCGAUUUCGAAGCAUACACAGCAAGGGCAUUUGUGGGUUUCAUUAUACUGGACACAGUUUAUUCGCUAUCCUUUGGUAAUCAAAGACUUACAUUUUCAAGCAACGACAUCGUGGCCAAAGACUCUGCGGUGAUCUUGUCAAAAUUGUUUCCAGACGAAGACCCUUCUGGCUUCAAAAUUGGCUUGAAUCUCGUGUUGCUGACCAUGGGACAUGCCUCUACUUCCGUUUCAGAGUACGACGUUGUUUCGAUCCUCAAAAGCAGACAAGAACUGUUUAAGUUCUUCCAGGACCAGAGAGAUCAUUACGCACAGCCCAAAGGACUUAGUGAUGACGAUCUGGACGAGUACAUCUUUGAGUCACAAAUUAGGUUCUUCAAACUCUCCAAGAAGCUCAGUGCUAUUGCAGGAGGGUUGAUAAGUGGUUAUCUUCCCUCCCCAGGCGGCGAGUCCCCCAAAGCUAUCACACAUGUUCAGCAACAGGUAUGUCCGUUUUCGCUGAUUUCGCUGAUCACGUGUCUCAAGACUACCCAUUUACUGCUGAAACUAGUCAAAUCGCUGGUUCAACUGAAUGCGGCCACAAAUACCAACGACCUAGCCUCGAGAUUGCCCAAGAUCGAGGCAGAUCUCGCUCAGGUCGACACUAACUUCUCUACCAAGGCAGUUUAUCCGCUGCCUUCGAUGGUCAACCUGCUCAAAGUGGUGCAGGUUUCCAGUCCAGCUUCGAAUCUACUGAAUAUUCAACCAGGUGAUUCAACUACUUUUGCGAAAUUUCGCUCUUGGUCGUUGGAUGUAACCGGGGAGAUCGAGAGUAUUUUGACAAAGGAGGCGGUGGAGGGAUUGUUGAGCCCAUGA